CCCCUGGUUUUAUCCAAGCUACGGAUGUAACUUAUCCGCUGGAGCCGGAGUCACUUAUCGGAAUUCAGGGUUUUAAGCCUUUCCAUUCAGCAGCCGUUGUGUUUUCCCAACUGCGCUCGGUUGCGGUGCAAACGAGCUCAGUGACAACGCAGCGCGCCGGAGUUCACACACUCGUCUGUCCCGCUUUUACUGAGCUGCAUCUCUGUCUGACUGCGCUUCCGCCAUGUUGAACCGAGUCAAGUUGUGAGUGACUGCUGGGACCGAAGUGACAAGCCCUAGAAAUCGGACUAGACAGAGUUAGGGGGGCUGUUACCGCGCCGGUGACGCAGGAAAAACACCCAGAAGCAGAGGGAAAAACCGUAGGAAUUAGACCUUUCUGGUAACAGCUUUGUGUCCUGCGAAACUGUCACGGAUAUAGGCCACGUUUAUGUAAUAUACGACGACACCAGCGUUGAAGGCUGGACGGAGCCCGUGGAUAGAGGGGGAAGUCAUAUCAAAUUCCUGCUCACCCAGCUACAUUCCCUGAAGCCAAGCUAGCGCUAGCUACCCGCAGAUUGUCCUCGGCACUGUCUACAGACAGAGGAGGAACAUUUCCUUUUAACCUGGUUAUGCAAUGGUCUCAGCGGCACAUCCAGAUCUCCAGGUGCUUGUGUCCCUCUCUCUUGUGUUCGGGCUCUCUUCCCUCUGCUCUACAGCUGAGGUGGCUGUGAUUUCCCUCCUGGCCAGCGCUCCCUAAGAGGCCAAGAUUGCCAAGAUCUGCCCUGUGGCGAGCAUGACGGCCACCACUCGUGGCUCUCCGGUGGGGGGCAAUGACAGUCAGGGCCAGGGCCAGGCACCUGACGCUCAAAGCCAACCCCCACUGCCACAGAACCAGACGUCAUCUCCUAACUCAUCUAAUGAGAACUCUCCAGUGAGCCCACCAGAUGAGCAGGGUCAGGAGGAUGGGCCCCCUCAGCUGGAAGAGGAGGAGCCUGCUUUCCCUCACACUGACCUAGCAAAGCUGGAUGACAUGAUCAACAGGCCUCGUUGGGUUGUUCCAGUUUUGCCAAAAGGAGAGUUGGAAGUCCUCUUGGAAGCUGCUAUAGACCUGAGUAAAAAAGGACUGGAUGUGAAGUGUGAGGCAUGUCAGAGGUUUUUCCGAGAUGGUCUGACCAUCUCUUUCACAAAGAUCCUGACAGACGAGGCAGUCAGUGGCUGGAAAUUUGAGAUUCAUAGGUGUAUUAUCAAUAACACACACCGAUUGGUGGAGUUGUGUGUGGCCAAGCUCUCUCAGGACUGGUUCCCUCUACUAGAGCUUCUGGCCAUGGCCGCCAACCCUCACUGCAAGUUCCACAUCUAUAAUGGCACACGGCCCUCUGAGACGGUCCCCGCUGGAGCACAGCUGGCUGACGACGAGCUCUUUGCCCGACCACCAGACCCACGAUCUCCCAAGGGAUGGUUGGUGGACCUAAUAAACAAAUUUGGCACGUUAAACGGGUUUCAAAUGUUGCACGAUCGCUUCAUGAGCGGCCAAGCACUGAACGUCCAGAUCAUCGCUGCACUUAUCAAGCCUUUUGGCCAGUGUUAUGAGUUCCUCACAUUGCACACGGUAAAGAAGUACUUCCUUCCAGUCAUCGAGAUGGUUCCUCAGUUUCUAGAGAAUCUAACAGAUGAGGAGCUGAAGAAAGAGGCAAAGAAUGAAGCCAAAAACGACGCACUGUCCAUGAUAAUCAAGUCUCUGAAGAAUCUGGCUUCUCGUGUACCGGGGCAGGAGGAGACCGUGAAGAAUUUAGAGAUUUUUAGGUUAAAAAUGAUUCUUAGGUUAUUGCAAAUUUCUUCUUUUAAUGGCAAAAUGAAUGCACUAAAUGAAGUUAACAAGGUGAUCUCCAGUGUGUCCUACUACACUCAUCGGCAUAACCCUGAGGAGGAGGAGUGGCUGACUGCAGAGCGCAUGGCGGAGUGGAUCCAGCAGAACCACAUCCUGUCCAUUGUGCUCAGGGACAGUUUGCACCAGCCGCAGUAUGUCGAGAAACUGGAGAAGAUCCUUCGCUUCGUUAUCAAAGAGAAAGCUCUUACAAUGCAGGAUCUGGAUAAUAUCUGGGCUGCACAGGCUGGUAAGCAUGAGGCUAUUGUGAAGAAUGUCCAUGACCUCCUGGCCAAGCUGGCAUGGGACUUCUCACCUGAGCAGCUCGAUCACCUCUUUGACUGUUUCAAGGCAAGCUGGACCAAUGCCAGCAAGAAGCAGCGUGAAAAGCUGCUGGAACUUAUCCGGCGCUUGGCUGAGGAUGAUAAGGAUGGUGUGAUGGCCCACAAGGUCCUCAACCUGCUGUGGAACCUGGCACACAGCGAUGAUGUGCCUGUAGACAUCAUGGACCAGGCUCUUAGUGCUCACAUCAAGAUAUUGGAUUACAGUUGCUCACAGGACAGAGACACACAGAAAAUCCAAUGGAUAGAUCGCUUCAUAGAGGAACUACGGACCAACGAUAAGUGGGUGAUCCCUGCCCUGAAGCAAAUCAGAGAAAUCUGUAGCCUCUUUGGUGAAGCUCCUCAAAACCUUAGAAAGAAAAUGCCAAUUAACAUACAAACGAACUUAGUGGGUCAAACCCAGAGAAGUCCUCAUGUGUUCUACCGACAUGACCUGAUCAACCAGCUGCAGCACAACCACGCUCUGGUGACCCUAGUGGCUGAGAAUCUCUCAGCCUACAUGGAGACCAUGAGGCAGUUCUCCAAAGAAGAGCAAGCUGAGUUUGACCCCCAGACUGUCAGGCCAGGAAGCCGCUACAGCCAUGUCCAGGAAGUACAGGAGCGGCUCAACUUCCUGAGGUUCUUGCUAAAGGAUGGCCAGUUGUGGCUAUGUGCCCCUCAGGCCAAGCAGAUCUGGAAGUGUCUGGCUGAGAAUGCAGUGUUCCUUUGUGACCGUGAGGCCUGCUUCAAAUGGUACUCCAAGCUGAUGGGUGAUGAGCCAGACCUGGACCCGGACAUCAAUAAGGACUUCUUUGAGAACAACGUCCUGCAGUUGGACCCGUCUCUGCUGACGGAGAAUGGCAUGAAGUGUUUUGAGAGGUUCUUCAAGGCUGUCAACUGCAGGGAGGGCAAGCUGGUAGCAAAGCGCAGGGCCUACAUGAUGGAUGACCUGGAACUAAUAGGCUUGGACUACCUCUGGAGGGUGGUGAUUCAAGGAAGCGAUGAUAUCGCUAGCCGAGCAAUAGACCUGCUGAAAGAGAUUUAUACCAACCUCGGACCAAAACUACAAGUUAAUCAGGUUGAAAUUCAUGAGGAUUUCAUUCAGUCAUGUUUUGACCGUCUGAAGGCCUCCUACGACACCCUGUGUGUGUUGGACGGAGACAAAGACAGCAUCAAUUGUGCCCGUCAGGAAGCCAUCCGCAUGGUGCGAGUUCUUACUGUGCUCAAAGAGUACAUCAAUGAGUGCGACAGUGACUACCACGAGGAGAGGACUAUACUGCCCAUGUCCAGAGCUUUCCGUGGGAAGCAUAUCACGUUGAUCGUGCGUUUUCCCAACCAGGGGCGUCAGGUAGAUGACCUGGAUAUCUGGUCACACACCAAUGACACAAUUGGCUCAGUUCGCCGUGGCAUCCUGACUCGGAUCAAGGCAAACGCUGCACAUACCAAGAUAGAGCUCUUUAUUGGAGGCGAGGUGGUCGAUCCGGCUGAUGACAGGAAGUUAAUUGGACAGCUCAACUUGAAGGACAAAACGUUGAUCACGGCCAAGCUGACCCAGGUGAGUGCCAACAUGCCUUCAAGCCCAGACAGCUCCUCUGACUCAUCCACUGGCUCUCCUGGUAACCACGGCAACCACUACAGCGAUGGGCCCAACCCUGAGGUGGAGAGCUGUCUUCCUGGUGUGAUUAUGUCGCUGCAUCUGCGCUACAUCUCCUUCCUGUGGCAGGUGGCUGACCUGGGCUGCAACCUCAAAAUGCCUCUGCUUAGAGAUGGCGCUCGAGUUCUCAUGAAACUCAUGCCGCCAGAUAACACAACAGUGGAGAAUCUGAGAGCUGUGUGUCUGGACCACGCCAAACUUGGUGAGAACAGCCUCAGUCCCUCACUGGACUCCCGCUUCUUCGGCCCCUCCCCCUCACAAGUGCUCUACCUCAUUGAGGUUGUGUAUGCUUUACUGAUGCCAGCCAGUGCCACUCUCGGCGAGGAUGCCAGUGACUUCCAGUACAACUUCUUGAAGAGUGGCGGGCUACCCCUGGUGUUGAGCAUGCUCACCAGGAACAACUUUCUACCAGCAGCAGAUAUGGAGACGAGGCGUGGGGCGUACCUCAACGCGCUAAAGAUUGCCAAGCUCCUCCUGACCUCUGUGGGCUUUGGUCAUGUGAAGGCUGUGGCUGAGGCCUGCCAGCCCAAUGCUGAGGGAAAUAUUCCUGUCUCUCCGAUAAACCAGGCCACUCAUGACCAGGCGCUGGUCCUCCAGAGUGCCCUGCAGAACAUCCCCAACCCUGCAUCAGAAUGCAUGCUGCGCAAUGUAGCCAUCCGCCUGGCCCAGCAGAUUUCUGAUGAGAAUUUCUUCCAGGCAUCGAAGUACAUCCCAGACAUUUGUGUGAUCCGAGCAGUACAGAAAAUUGUGUGGGCUUCAGGCUGUGGUACGGUGCAGCUCGUCUUCAGCUCCAAUGAAGAAAUCAGCAAAAUAUACGAGAAGACAAAUGCAGCUAAGGAGCCAGAUGGGGAAGAUGAGCAGGUGUGCUGCGAGGCCCUGGAAGUGAUGACACUGUGUUUUGCCCUCAUGCCCACGGCUCUGGACACACUCAGUAAGGAGAAGGCUUGGCAGACCUUCAUCAUAGACCUGCUGCUGCACUGCCACAGCAAAUCUGUUCGUCAGAUGGCUCAGGAGCAGUUUUUCCUGAUGGCAACUCGGUGUUGUAUGGGCCAUCGACCCCUCCUCUUUUUCAUCACCCUCCUCUUUACUGUGUUGGGGAGUACAGCCAAGGAGCGAGCCAAACAUGCUGGGGACUACUUCACGUUGCUCAGACAUCUGCUGAACUAUGCCUAUAACAGUAACAUCAACCUGCCAAAUGCUGAGGUGCUGCUCAACAAUGAGAUUGACUGGCUGAAGAGGAUAAGGGACGAGGUUAAGAGGACAGGGGAGACUGGUGUGGAGGAGACCAUCCUGGAGGGCCACCUUGGGGUCACCAAAGAACUUCUAGCCUUCCAGACACCAGAGAAGAAGUAUUACAUUGGCUGUGAGAAGGGAGGAGCGAACCUCAUUAAGGAGCUGAUUGAUGACUUCAUUUUCCCAGCAUCUAAUGUUUACCUGCAGUACAUGAAAAGCGGGGAAUUCCCCACCGAGCAAGCCAUCCCAGUGUGCAGCACCCCUGCUUCCAUCAACGCAGGCUUUGAGCUCCUGGUAGCACUGGCUGUCGGCUGUGUUCGCAACCUCAAACAGAUAGUCGACACUCUGACUGACAUGUACUACUUAGGUUGUGAAACAUUGACAGAGUGGGAGUACUUGCCUCCAGUGGGGCCACGGCCAAACAAAGGCUUUGUAGGACUGAAGAACGCUGGGGCCACCUGUUAUAUGAACUCUGUCAUUCAGCAGCUGUACAUGAUCCCUCCCAUCCGCAAUGGCAUCCUGGCCAUCGAGGGCACAGGCACUGAUGUGGACGAUGACAUGUCAGGGGAUGAGAAGCAGGAGAAUGAGAGUAACGUGGAUCCUCGUGAUGAGGUUUUCAGCUACCACCAUCAGUUUGAUGAUAAGCCCUCUAGUAAGUCAGAGGACAGGAAAGAGUACAACAUUGGGGUCCUGCGCCACCUACAGGUCAUCUUUGGCCAUCUGGCUGCGUCCAGACUGCAGUAUUAUGUCCCUAGGGGAUUCUGGAAACAGUUCAGGUUAUGGGGUGAGCCAGUGAACUUGAGAGAGCAACACGAUGCUCUGGAGUUUUUCAACUCUUUGGUGGACAGUCUGGAUGAAGCUCUGAAAGCUCUGGGUCACCCUGCCAUGCUCAGCAAGGUGCUGGGAGGGUCCUUUGCUGACCAGAAGAUCUGUCAGGGAUGCCCCCACAGGUAUGAGUGUGAGGAGUCAUUCACAACACUCAACGUAGACAUCAGAAACCACCAGAACCUGCUGGACUCUAUGGAGCAGUAUGUGAAAGGAGACCUGCUGGAGGGAGCCAACGCCUACCACUGUGAGAAGUGUAAUAAGAAGGUGGACACGGUGAAACGCCUGCUGAUUAAGAAGCUGCCGCCAGUCCUCGCCAUCCAGCUGAAGCGCUUUGACUACGACUGGGAGCGGGAGUGUGCCAUCAAGUUCAACGACUACUUUGAGUUCCCCAGGGAGCUGGACAUGGAGCCGUACACGGUAGCGGGUGUGGCCAAGUUAGAGGGUGAUGAUGUUAAUCCAGAGAACCAGGUGAUCCAACAGAAUGAGCCCUCUGAACCCACGCCCCCAGGCAGCUCCAAGUAUCGCCUGGUGGGAGUGCUGGUCCACUCAGGCCAGGCCAGCGGUGGACACUACUACUCCUACAUAAUCCAAAGGAAUGGGGGUGAUGGUGAGAAGAACCGCUGGUAUAAGUUUGACGAUGGGGACGUGACUGAGUGUAAAAUGGACGAUGAGGAGGAGAUGAAGAAUCAGUGCUUUGGAGGAGAAUACAUGGGCGAGGUGUUCGAUCACAUGAUGAAAAGGAUGUCUUACCGGAGGCAGAAGCGAUGGUGGAAUGCCUACAUCCUAUUCUAUGAGCGUAUGGACUCACUGGACAAGGACAGCGAGCUUGUCAAAUACAUCUCAGAGCUGACCAUCUCCUCCACCAAGCCAAAUCAGGUCAAGAUGCCUGGUGUCAUCGAGUGCAGCGUCCGCAAGCAGAACGUCCAAUUCAUGCACAACAGAAUGCAAUACAGCCUGGAAUAUUUCCAGUUCAUUAAGAAACUUCUGACCUGUAACAGUGUCUAUUUAAACCCUCCUCCAGGACAAGACCAUCUUCUGCCAGAGGCAGAGGAGAUUGCUAUGAUAAGUGCUCAGCUGGCUGCUAGGUUCCUCUUCAGCACAGGUUUCCACACCAAGAAAGUAGUACGGGGUCCUGCCAGUGACUGGUAUGAUGCCCUCUGCAUCCUGCUGAGACACAGUAAGAAUGUACGCUAUUGGUUUGCACACAACGUUCUGUUUGCUUACCCUAACCGGUUCUCCGAGUACCUGCUUGAGUGCCCGAGUGCUGAGGUCCGUGGAGCAUUCGCCAAGCUCAUCGUCUUCAUCGCUCACUUCUCCCUGCAAGAUGGCCCCUGUCCCUCCCCCACCGCCUCGCCUGGACCCUCUACUCAGCAGGGCUGUGAUAACCUCAGUCUAAGUGACCACCUGUUAAGAGCUGUACUCAACCUUCUCAGAAGAGAGGUUUCUGAACACGGCCGUCACCUGCAGCAGUACUUCAACCUCUUUGUCAUGUACGCCAACCUGGGUUUGGCAGAAAAGACUCAGCUGCUGAAACUUAACGUUCCUGCCACUUUCAUGUUGGUCGCUCUGGACGAGGGUCCCGGCCCUCCCAUUAAAUACCAGUAUGCUGAGCUGGGCAAGCUCUACACUGUGGUUUCCCAGCUGGUCCGCUGCUGUGAUGUCUCCUCGCGCAUGCAGUCCUCCAUCAAUGGUAACCCUCCUCUUCCUAACCCGUAUGGGGACACCAACCUGACUGCCCCAGUGAUGCCUGUGCAGCAGCUGGUGGCAGAGAUCCUUUUUGUGCGGACCAGCUACGUGAAGAAGAUCAUUGAAGACUGCAGCAACUCUGAGGAGACUGUGAAGCUGCUUCGCUUCAGCUGCUGGGAGAAUCCUCAGUUCUCCUCCACUGUGCUCAGUGAACUGCUCUGGCAGGUGGCGUACUCCUACACCUAUGAGCUGAGGCCUUACCUGGACUUGCUGCUACAGAUCCUGCUCAUCGAGGACUCGUGGCAGACACAUAGGAUCCACAAUGUGCUGAAGGGAAUUCCAGAUGAUAGAGAUGGUCUUUUUGACACCAUCCAGCGCUCCAAGAACCACUAUCAGAAGCGGGCCUACCAGUGCAUCAAGUGCAUGGUGGCCCUGUUCACCAACUGCUCUGUCGCUUAUCAGAUCCUACAGAGUAAUGGUGACCUGAAGCGAAAGUGGACGUGGGCAGUCGAGUGGUUAGGGGACGAGCUGGAGAGGAGGCCAUACACAGGCAACCCCCAGUACACCUACAACAACUGGUCCCCUCCGGUUCAGAGCAACGAGACCUCCAAUGGAUAUUUCCUGGAGCGUUCGCACAGUGCACGUAUGACACUGGCCAAGGCCUGUGAACUCUGUCCUGAAGAGCUCAAGUGUACUCAGGAAAGCCCAGGGAAGGAGCCGGAUGAACAGGAAGCACCUGAUGAUCAAGACUCCUCCCCACCCGAGGACACGUCUCUGUACCCACAUUCUCCUGGAACCACCCAGUUUCAGCAGAACAACCAUCCUCAUGGUCAGCCGUAUACCGGACCUGCUGCUCAGCACAUGAACAACCCCCAGCGUCCUGGUCCUGCCUCUGCCCCGACUCCCGGCCCGACCCAGACCACCACCCCCACCCCCACUCCAACCCCCGGCCCCGGGCCUGGCCCCAGCCCUGGCCCUGGCCCUAGCCCGGGCCCAGGCCCUGGACCUGGAUCUGGAUCUGGAUCUGGACCCGGAUCUGGACCCAGUCCUGGCCCAGGCCCACGAGCACAAGAGAACUGGGAGAGCACUGAGGAGGUCACCCCUGCCCCCGCUCCAGCCCCUGCCUCCACUACCCCGGCACCUGCCCCGCCUAAGGAGUAACAAUCCCUCCCCUCCUCUGCUGUGCCUCGAGCCUCCAUCGUCUCGCUCUCCUUCCUCUCAUCCUUUUGGUCGACAGAGCUCCUCAUCGGGCCUCUCUCUCUUUCUCUCUCUCUGGGCCCCAGGGCAGGGCAGAGCCGGGCCUCCCACCCCCUCCACCCACUCCAGGGCGCGUCUGUCUCUCUCCCGUCAGCCUGAGGGAGGCGCUCUUCC